AUGAGAGAGAUUUCAGAUCUUCGCCACCAAGAGUCAUGUAGAUUCUCUGUACUGACUCCCAACCAGAAAGGACUUGACAAUGCCCUGCAAAGUGGUGCCAGGGAGGUGGUAGUAUUUGCGUCUGCGACCGAAGCUUUCAGCCGCAAGAAUCAGAAUUGCUCGGUCGAACAAGCAUUGGAAACAGCUAGGCAAGUGGUGCAACAAGCAAAACAACAUAGUCUCUGGGUGCGAGGGGUGGUUUCGUGUAUAUUCGGCGACCCGUACUCUGGACCAACGCCGCCCCAGGAUGUUGUCAAAGUGGUCAAAGCAUUCUUGGACAUGGGUUGUGACGAAGUGGGCUUAGGCGACACUCUAGGCAUUGGCACACCCCGAAAGACUCAAGCAUUGCUCGAGCUUCUACUGAGAGAUGUACCAGCAUCCAAAUUGACAGGUCACUUUCAUGAUACUUACGGUCAGGCUGUCGCCAAUAUUGUCAGGGCUUACGACCUUGGUGUCAGGAUCUUUGACUCAAGUGUCGCUGGCUUAGGUGGUUGUCCGUAUGCUCCUGGAGCCAAAGGUAAUGCUGCAACCGAGGACGUUGUGUAUACUUUCGAGACUUCUGGCAUCUCCACCGGUAUCGAUCUCGACAAAAUAUCCCUCGUUGGCUCAUGGAUAUCAGGCCAACUUCGGGUACCCAACAAUAGCCGUGCCGGAGCUGCUCUGGCUGCGAAGCAGCAAAGUGUGAGCACGACUACGGUAUCUGCAAACUCGGACACUCGUAAGGAACCUCAGACAACAACGCAGGCUCGGCAAUGGUCCGUUGAGACACGACACGAGGGUUUUACUGUGGCAAGAGCUGGAAACUCGGUCAAAAUCACUUUGACGCGACCCCGAAAUGGCAAUGCAAUGACCACCGACAUGCUGGUGUCCUUGACGGAGGCUUUCGAACGCCUCGCCGAGGAUCCAAUGACGUUCCACAUUGUGCUCACAGCAGAAGGCAAGUAUUUCUGCACGGGCAUGGAUUUGACUGGAGACAGCCGAGAUGACUCGGCCGCAUACCACGACAAGAUCGUGCGACUGUUUCGCGCCAUCGAUGACGCACCUCAAAUCACCAUCGCCGCUGUCCAAGGCCCAGCUUACGGCGGUGGAGUCGGACUCGGUUUCGUAUGCGACGUCAGGCUCGCCGCCAAAUCUGCAAAGUGGAAGUUGGCAGAAGUCAAACUCGGCAUGACCCCGGCGAUCAUCUCGAAAUAUAUGAGUCGGGAAUGGGGCAUACCUUUCUUCCGCGAAGCCAUGUUGAGUGGUCGAGAUGUCGGCACUCAAGAGCUCCAGCGCCUCGGAGUGAUCCACGGCAUUGCAGACCACCCCAAGCAGCUGGACAACAUGAUCGAUAAUUACCUCGAUCAGCUGAAGUCAAGCGCACCGAGGGCUGCAGCGACCUGUAAACAACUGGUCAGAAACUCGUUCACCGGUCCAGGCUCGCAAGCACAAGACCUCUUCAUUCGCGAGACUUUUGGCAACAUGUUGAUGUCCGGUGGGGAAGGUCAGCACGGGAUCAAGAAAUUUCAACAGAAAAUCAAGACGGUGGACUGGCCCGCAUUCCACCGGGACAGUCGUGGUACCAAGCUGUGA